AUCUACAGUGUAAUUCUAAGGCUUAUAUACUAGUUAGGAGUCCAAUCUAGUUCCUACUCGGAGUGGUCUACAUUCUAGGGUUGUCGGAGGAUGUAUUCUACUGGUCGGUAGCCGAUGGGGUCCAAUGACAUGUUUGCUACUGAUGUUGGGCUAUUGAUAAAUUGUAAUGGAGAAGUGAAAUAUAAAAUGGAAUAUGAAAUGGAAUAUGAAAUAGAAACUGGGAAUCGGAAUCUGUAGGAUUCUGGGCUGUGGUUUGUUGGGUUGAGUGGAAGUUGGGUUUCCAUCGGCAUGCUCGUUACAGUAUCCCCCCCCUUAGCAUUCUUGCCCUCAAGGACGCAGAUCCCGAUGGCCGAGUGUGACCACGUGGAAUUUUUUCAGGUUGGUCACGUGGCUUUUCACCUCUUAGCUUUCUACCACCACCAUCUCCUCUAUUUUCUGAGUUUUGUCCUCGUCGUUGGCCAUGGCGUCCACCGUUGAAUACCGCGCUUCCAUGACGCCUGAACCAUAUGAGCCUGCCCCGAUGCCCGAAGAUAUUCGGCCUGAAGACCUAGAGGCCUUUUAUGAUGAGUGGGAUGCUGCGGAGAAGGCUAGGGAGGAUGCCGCGGAGGCCCAUGAGGCUUGGAAGGUGCAGAAGCAAAAGGAGGAAAAGAGGCAGGCUCUGGAGUUAGAACGGCGAGAGAAAAAGUUGGUGCAGGAAAGGAAGGUUGCGGAAGCCAAAGCAAGGAAGGAGAGGGAGGAGUGGGAGGCCGUGGAAAGGAAACGGCAAGAGGAGGCAGAGGCUAAGGCAAGGGCAGAGGCGGCCGCCGCGGAGCAGCGGAGGUUGGAAGAGGAGGCAAGGGCCUUGGAGGAACGGAGAGCCGCGAAGAAGAAGAAGUUGGAAGGUGAGGCCAAGGCAAAGGCUUUGGUGGAAGCUAGCAAGGCCACGGAGGCCAAGAAGGAGAAGGAGAAGGUAGGCGGGGAUGAGGGAAGCAAGAUUGGUAGCGGGUCCGACGGAGAUGACGAGCGGGAGAAGGACCCAAAGGGGAAGGCACUGAAAAAAUUGGUAAAGCAGAGGAAGGAUAGGAAGGGUAAGGGCAAGGUGACCAAUUCGGAGGCUGCGGAUGUUUCGAGGAAGCGUAAGAUCAAGUCUAGUGCAGUGGUGGUCAGUGGGGAAGAGGAGGUCGUGGGGCCGUCGGGGCGGCCGUUGAAGAAGUUGAAAACCGAGCCUGAGAUGCAGGUGGAUGACGAGGAAUAUAAGAAUAAUGAGCGUUGUGGACAUUGUAAGACAGACAACAUAAAAUGUUUCAUUCGCCGCGGGCGUACUUGCGAACGGUGCAAAUUAAAGAAGAACAAGUGUGUGUUUCCACAAGGUGAAAGUUCGGGAUCUGCGGGGUCCAGUGAGAUCAUCGACCUCCUACAAAAACUUUGCGACAAGAUGGACGAUUUCCAGGAAGGCUUGGAAAGGGUAGAGGGGAAGGUCAACUUCCUCGGAGGCCGGGUUGAUGACCUUGUGGACGACUUCCAUGAGGGUGACGCACCGGAAUGGCCAUCGGAUUUUGUUGAGGAGGAGUUUAGGGAGGAAUGGGCAGCAUCUAAGGUCGAGCUCGGAAACCUCAAGAACGUGAACUCGGAGGCCCUACGGAUCGCGAUGCAUAUGUGACUUGACAAGGACAUUGCCCAGUUAUGGAAUGCUCACAUGACAGGUA